AUGCCAAACUCAUUGGCAGGGCUGAAUCGUGCCAACUGGAUCCAAGCGCAGGGACCUCAGCCCUUGUACAAAGACCAGCGCACGGCAGAUAUUGUGAGAUGUGAAGAAGAGAUCAUGCAAAUUGAGCAGAGACUUGCAACGGCGGUUGAACCCCAGCAAGGGGAACAGAUACGUGCUGAGUUUUAUGCAAACCUGCGCGCAUGUACCCAACGCUGGUUGACUGAUUUCCAAGCAGCAGGUUUCGAUGCUGAGGCAAUUGUGGCUCUGCCAGAGCGAUGGAUGGAAGUAGUCAUGCUGACAUUGGAGGCCCACCUGGCCAAGCCAGAGGAACAUUGGGAAGCCUGCUUUGACACAUGGAUUGAGCGAUGUUUUCUGGCGUGGGGACAAACAGACUUGGGUGACGUGAUUGCCAGCUUUGAUGAUGGCGAAGCUGAGUACAUUGCUGAUGAGGCCUUUGCAGAGAUUGCACAGGACUUCUCCACCACGGCUGAUCGGAGAAGAGUAAGUUUUCUGCGCCAGCGCAUCCAGGUUCUCCUAGCACAGGGUCCCGAUCACCCACAUCGGGUUGUGAAACCGCCUGCAGGGACCCGGCCUCAAAUUGCAGCGGGGCACGUGGUGAUGAGAUUUGAAGAUCAAACUGCUUGGCAUGAACGGCUGAGAACACUGGAGUGGGACCAAUGUUUGCCCACUCAGCCCAUCCCUAUAUUGCUGCGAGGUGGUGAGCCACAUUUCCUCGUGGUACACCUUUUCAGUGGACGAAGACGUCAGCAGGACGUCCACUAUUGGCUUGCACAAUGGGCCAACCACAGAGGUGCGAGGAUUACUAUCCUCUCGAUGGAUACGGCGGUGUCUCAAGCCUAUGGAAACUUGCAUGUCAAGGCUAUCUCCUGGCAGAAAUUGGUGGCACUUUAUGAGAGUGGAGCAGUCUCAGCCACAUUGGCUGGGGCACCGUGUGAAACAUUCUCUGCUGCCAGACACUUGCCCCCGCCUGAACAAAACGAGCACAGAAGUUGGCCCAGACCGCUCCGGUCAGCCAGCCGACUCUUUGGGCUCGCCAUGCUGACCGUCAAAGAACUCCGCCAGUGUAGACAAGGAACGGAAUUUUCGUUGCAAACCCUGUUCAUUGCGGUGCUUCAUUUAGCCACAGGCGGUGUAUUCCUGAGUGAACACCCAGCAUGCCCGGAGGAUGAAGAGAAGGCAAGCAUCUGGCGCUCUGCGCUAGUUGAAUUGCUGCGUAAAGAUCCUGACUGCAAGUUACAAACCUUUGCGCAAUGGAGAUGGGGGAGUGCCACCCCCAAACCGACAGGGCUGUUGAGCAUCCGACUACCGUCGUUGGCAAAGUCCAUGUACGUGUGUGUAGAUCCAACGCUGAAAUACCCUGUCAAAGUUGCACAAGGUGUAGAUGAGCAGGGGCGCUUCAAUACUGCGGCAUGCAAAGAGUAUCCUCCCUUAUUUUGCCGUGCGUUAGCACGGGCUUUCACAGAUCAAUUCGAAACCUCGAUGCGUUCCCAUAAGGUCAUCAACUGUACAGUGGACGAUUUGUCCUUGCAUCAAUGGCUGCAUGAAGCAGCCACUGAGAGCCACGAGGUGAUCCUGAAGACGGACCCAGGCUCUCCGCCGACGCAUUGGAAGCAGACGGUGGUGUACUUGGGCGCCUUCCCGGAAGUGGAGGCGGGCGAUGUCCUGGAAGCCUCAGUCACACUGACGCAGAGUGAGGAGAACCCGCGGCAGUAUCACAUUUCCAUCGAGACCUCAUGA